AUGGUAUCAUCUGAGCCAAACACUCUAGUCUCUGACAGCGCCCAUGGACCCGAUAUUUCUGAUAAUGACCCUGUUGAUUGGGAUGCAUGGCUCACAUCAGAGGCACUCGACAAUGAAGAAUAUCUGGCUACCUCACAAUGCAGCUUUAUCAACAUGGAAGACUGUACUGAGCGUCAGCCUUUACUGAAACAUGCCCCUCAGCUUCAUUCUAAACUGCCAGAAAUCUCUCUGCUAUCAGAUGGGAGUUUAAUGUUGACGCAGUCCACAGACAGCAACAAAGAGACAACGACAACAGGUCUCCGAACGUCAAGUCUAGGCGCAUAUUCUUCUCCGAAAAGUGAAAACACAGAAAUGCAACCCCUCAUGAUCAACGAAAAAGAACAACUCAAGUGUUCAAAGUCCAGUGAAGAUCAUUCUAGUGCUUUCGGCCUUGAGAAUCGGCACCAGAGAAGAGUCCUCACUUCACCAGAUCUCAAGUUUCUGGAAACACAAGAGACCGGAAGAGGAAGCUUUCACAAAUACAAGCCAGUCGAUAACCGGACCCAGGCAGUUGAGUACGUUGACUGCAUUCAAACAAUAUGUCAGAUUGCAACUGGCGAGACAAUGAGCGAGAAACAAGCUCGAGACGUCGAAGACUGCGGGGAGAGUCUGAUCACAAUUAUACAAUCCGACAGCCCGAUUGCCGCAUUUAAGCCUCUUUUAGUCAACUGUCACCUGCAUACCUUACCUAGUGUUGACAUGUAUGGCUUGAAUUCGUCCCUGACGGCAUGCGUGGCAUAUCUGAGGUACUUGAACUCGGUCACUGGUUCAGUUUCGAAGUCAGACGAUGUGAAUCGCCGCCUUGCCCAGAUUUGGAUCCAUAUUCAUUUCGAAAAUCAUGUCAAUGAUUUGAAGGAAAGUGAGAAAAACGGUCUUCCGCUUAACCGACAACGUCGGGCAAUUCCCACGAUAGCCAGAGAUUCUAUCUUACAGGCUUUUCAUGGGAGCCCAUUCGUGCCGCAAAAAAAAGAUCGCGACUUUUUGAGCGAUCAAUGCCGCUGGGGCGAGCGUUGGUGGAAAGUUGCUACCUGCAUGGGACUUGGUGUGAUUUUACUAGCUAGUGAAGACUUGGCAAAUCAAAUAGGCAGAAGAACAGCUUUUCAGAAUAAAAUGGUAGACACGUUGGCCAUUUAUGUUCUCAAUCGCUACCCAGCUCUGACCAGUCUUUAUCGAUCGUUUGAGUCUAUGGCAGUAGGCCUCAUGCUUGGAGGUGAUAAUGUCUUUUCCCAGGACCAGCUAAACAUCUUCCUCGAGGCGCUCGUGGAGGAUGAAGCAAACUCAUGCAAGCUAGAAAGAUGGGUGGUUCCAAACCUCAAAUCUCUAUCUAGACUUGCUGCUUCCCACCUAAUCUUUCUGCAGAGAUUCUAA